AUGAGAGGACUCCCCCUCAGAUAUGUCUGCCACUGUGGCUUGUUCACAUACCUGGUCUUGUUCUCCUUCAUGUCUUUGACCGCGGCGGUUAGUUUCGACCUGACUGAGCUCAGGAACAAAGUUGCAAAAAUCAAAGUGAACCCGAGAGGCAACCUUUGGGCAACAGGACAUUUCAUGGGCAAGAAAAGUGUGAUGGACGCCCCCCUGCUGCCCUCAGCUGAGGACCAGGCGGGGGCCUCGGUGGAAGUCAACCCCCUCGCAGAGCACAACUCCCUCUGGGAGCUUUUCCAACACUUUCUGCGCGUGGACACGCACGAGAGCCGCUCCAAAAACCAGGAAGCGGAUUUGUUGACGAAGAUUUUAGAAAACUACAUCCAAAGCAGAAAGUGA